UCCGUUCACUUUUGUCAGGUUCAAGACUAGGUACUCGACAUAUUAGUUUUUUCCUUUAACAUACGUAAGUUGGUGUGUUAGUCUAGUAUUGUUUAUGUUCGUCAUGGUUUGUUCUCGGCUGUAAUUCGCCUAUGUCCGAUGUGUUUGAUUAAUAGAAUAUUCAAAGUGAGUGCAUACUGGUGGUGACGGAACAAAGUGGAAACAGUCAGUCAGUGAGCAUAUCGUAUUUCUGGAACAAAAAAUAAUCUCUUUGCACUACGCUUUCAUGUCAAUUGGACAGUUUAACACGUGUUUCUAACUGAUUCUUGUCGCAUUGGUGCGCUUAUAUUCCAACAUGUCGUCAAGUCUUUGCGGUUUAUGUUACAAAUCGAAUGGGUGUAAAUCCAAAAUCCAUUAUGAUAUAGCAAGUUACGUUUGGACAAUUGAAGAUUUCGAUUUCCACGAGGCCAAAGGCGAACCAUUAGUAUCACCUGUGUUUUCAUCUGUUACGAAUAAUCAAGUUGAAUGGAACUUGAAACUUAAGCCUAAUGGUGAAACCGAUGCAGAGAAUUCAAUUACUCUGUUCCUAUAUUUGAAUAAACGUAGCAGUAUUGAAAGAAACAAAAAAAUAUUCGCGAAAAUUAGUUUUUAUAUUUUGAAUAGUGAUGGUAAAGAAGAAUUCAAUCAACCUCUACCCGUUAAGGAAUUCGUGCAUUCUGAAUCUGGCAAGACUAAUUGGGGCCUCAUAUUCAUUAAAGAUUCUUCAAAAUACCAGUUGCUGUGGAACAAUACAUUAGCAAUUCGUUGUGAAGUGAAAUUCUCUGAUAUGAACGUUAAGGCUGAAGAUAAUCAUCAAUGUGACUGUAACAUUGACGUUCCUGAAUGUAACCUCUCCGAAAACUUUGCAUCAUUAUUUGAAAGUCAGGAGUUCACUGACGUUGUCCUAUCCAUUAAUGGUAAAGAUUUUCCUGCCCAUAAGGCUGUAUUAGCUGCUCGUAGUUCCGUUUUUCACGCCAUGUUCACUCACACCACGAAAGAAAAUGAGCUAAACCGUGUGGAAAUCGAAGAUAUUAACGAACAAGUUGUAGGUGAAAUGUUGAAAUACAUUUAUACUGGAAAAUGCAAAAAUUUAAACGAGUUCGCUGGAGAAUUACUGGCAGCAGCCGAUAAAUACGAUUUGUAUCAGUUGAAAACGAUGUGCGCCAAGACACUGUUCGAACGAGUGUCGGUUGAAAAUGCAGCGAGUCUUUUGGCAUUAGCAGAUAUGCACAGGGUCAAGGAACUCAAAAAUAAAGUGAUCAAAUUUAUCGUUUCGAAUCCUACCGAAGUGAUGGGUACAGAAGGCUGGGAGAAUAUUCGAUCGAAUUUUGAGGUGGUCAAUGAAGUGUGCUUAGCUAUAGCUAAACAAUUGAAGCAAUCGACCAACUGCAAUGCAUUUAGUACGUACAUAUGAUUGUAUUAUGUAUAAUUUGUACAUUGUAGGAUGGUAAAAUAAAAUGCUAUCUUAACUACA